CGUCUGCCUGCAACCAGCCAACCACUCCCGUCUUUUGCACCCAACCGAAACCACAUCACAUUCCCUUGUCAACCGAUUUCUGGUCGUCUGUCAUUUGAAUCCCUCGACACAGAACGACCUCAUCAACGAUCACAAUGUCGUGGAGGAACCAAGGAAUCACGGGUUCCAACAACAUCCCGUUGGGAAGCAGGCGUCGCUUCGCUGGCGAUGGAGAGGAAGAGGACGGCGCUCGCAGCGUAACACCAUCAGCCCCAUCAUCCGUCACCAAUGGAGACAGAGACAGAGACGUCAGAGACGGCCCCGUCUACAGCAAUGAUCGCGACGUCAAGCGCGGCCGCAGCCCCGAAAGGUCCGAGGAUGGUCCCAAGCGCCGCAAGAAGCGCAACCGUUGGGGCGAAGCGACCGAGAACAAGGCCGCCGGCCUGAUGGGCCUUCCUACCGCUAUCGUCGCUAAUAUGACGAGCGAACAAUUGGAGGCCUACACCCUGCAUCUUCGCAUCGAGGAAAUCACCCAAAAGCUCAAGAUCGACGAUGUUGUUCCCGCCGAUGGAGACAGAUCGCCCUCUCCUGCUCCCCAGUACGACAACCAUGGUCGCCGUGUCAACACUCGCGAAUACCGUUACCGCAAGAAGCUCGAGGAUGAGCGCCACAAGCUCAUCGAGAAGGCGAUGAAGACGAUCCCUAACUACCACCCGCCCUCGGACUACCGUAGACCUACAAAGACCCAGGAGAAGGUCUACGUCCCGGUUAACGACUACCCAGAGAUUAACUUCAGUAUGAUAACUAACCCUCCAAACUCCCUAUUAACUCCUAACCUUCCCCCGCCCCCAUUGGUAUUUUGCCAGGCAUGAGCCCGCGCUUCUAGAAACAGUUGCCGUUCGUGCCUUGCAAGUUGCUUAUGUUGAACUUUUUAACCCGAAAAACAAAUGAUUU